AUGGCAGGCGCUGCGCAGCGCGUCGCUUUAGCCACGGCUUCUCCCUCGAACUGCUGCAGAGGGCCUAGAGUCUUGCCGCAUUACUUCGCUCCUCGCAGCACUAGCAGCAGCUGUACUGAUGAGGAUCUCAGCCUUGCCUCGAACACCACCCGUAGCAGCAGCGACAACAACAGCAACACCCCUCUCCGGAGCCGUCGGGGACGGCAGAAAGAUUUUGCCGCUGCCCCCACAGCCUCCAGCGGCAGUAGCAGCAGCAACCCAAGUAGCACGCCAAGCAGCAGUUCAGAGGGUUUGUUUGCUGCAGCGCGUCAAACCUUUGCUCAGUUUGGCUUGCCUAAGGCUCUACUCCUCCCUCUGAGUAGGAUGGGCUUGUUGCAGCCCACGGAAAUUCAGGAGAAAGCGAUUCCUCCAUUGCAACAGGGUCGAAGUCUGCUUCUCCUGGCAAGCGCUGGCAGCGGCAAGACGCUCAGCUACGUGCUUCCGCUGCUCUCUCGGCUGUAUGGACAGCUCCCUGCAGCUGCUGCGGCUGGUGGGAGGUCAGCGCAGCCUCACUGCCCUCGGCUAAUUAUCCUCGUACCUACUAGGGAACUCGCGAAGCAGAUUUACACGAGCGCGAUUUCCCCUCUCGCAGGGUUUGCGUCUGUCACGGAUAUCAGUGCCUUAAGUGGCCGCUGCGGCAGCAGCAAGGCUCGCUUGGGGGGGGCCCCCCUCGGGGGGCCCCUCUCUGCUUGCGUGUUGGCGGGAGGCGGCAGCUACGCAGCAGAGGUGGGAGCUCUGCGGAAAGGUGUCGACAUCGCGAUUUGCACGCCAGCUCGCUUGCUGCUGCAUCUGAAGAAGCGAAACGUGCUCCUCCAGCAGCUGCAGCAGCUCGUCGUCGAGGAGGCAGACACCCUGUGCGACUCUUUCUACGCGAACGAAACGCGCUUCAUUCUCAGCCUCGUCGUGCAGCAGCGUCGUCUGAUCGCCAGCAAAAGCCUCAGCGAAGGCAGCGCUGCCAACAGCAAGGCCGUUCAGCUAGUCUUCGUGGGAGCAGCCUACUCGGGGGCGCUCGCUGCAUUCUUGAGGCACUUUGAGCCUCACGGCUCAGAAACACAAUUCCUACUACAUGGCAAGGAAGACAGCAUGAGCAACAUGAGCAACAUGAGCAGCAUGAGCAACAUGAGCAACAUGAGCAACAUGAGCAACAUGAGCAACAUGAGCAGCAACAGUAGCCACGAGGAGGCCGAUCGCAGUGGCAUACGAUUAUCAGACGUGUUGGAUACAGUUGUAUGUGGCACCCUGCAUUCGGUGUCUGCGAGCUGCAAACAGCACUUCCUUCCGAUGGGUGCCUCAGGGGGCCUCCCGCAGCUUGUGGAGGCAUUGGGGGCCCCCUCCGCGCAAAUGGAGCAGACGAUCGUAUUCUGCAACACGCUUGCUGCAUGCAGGGCUGUCGACUUUUACUUGCGGGAAAGAGGCUUCCCUUGCGCCUGCUGCCACGGGGAGAUGCCCUUCGCCCUCAG